AUGCUUCACUUUCCAGAAGCCAACUCGUUGAAACUGUUAUAUGAUGACUUGUCAAUCUUAUCUCGUGUCACUAACGCAAUUGCUCUGGAAUCGGCGGCUCUACAGAAGUCCGUUAAAGUCCGUGACGUCAUCACAGAACUUCUACAGGUGCACAAUGGUAAUUUUUCGGAAUUGAUGAAAAUCGACCCUUCUUUUCUUAUUGAAACUCUCGAUGGAUUAUUUGAAACUAGAAAACAAAUUAUGGGUUCCAUUGGUCAAACAAUUUCAAUCGAGGAACUGAAUAAACUGAAGGACUUUGCGGAAAUGCUGGUGGAUCUAACUGCUGAUAAAUUCAAUUAUGAGAAAGAUUUGAAUUCUAAAGAUAUAGUAGAAAAAGCAAUGGCUAAUACAACCACUAUGGUGACUUGUGACAAGGACUUGUUGACCAAUUUGUCGGAUUUUUCUAAUUUCAUGCAGGGAAACACAAAAGGAGGAACAGCUGAUUUGGCGAUAAUAAAGAAAAUAAAAAGCUCAAAACAAGAGAUCGAAAACUGCGUACAAACUGUAUCGGGAUACAAGGAAACAAUCAACAGAACUACAACCGAUCUUUCUUCAAUCGUAGGUAUGAAAGAAAUUCUGGACCUAGUGCUCGAAUUGAGCAAACCAAACGCUGUAAUGACCUUAUCCACGCGCCUGAAUAAGUUCCAAAAAAUUUUUCUGGAGAUCUUAAGUGUAGUUAAGAACAGAGAGAAAACAAAAGUUGCUCGUAUGAUAGAAAAAACCAGUAAAGCUUUGAAAAACUCGUUGAUCCACGACCAUACACAUCACUCACAUCAUUAUCAUCUAACAGCUGGAUUCCCAGAAAAAGAAGAUAUGUCACGUGUGACAGAUGAUCUGAAAAGUGAUUGGUUCAAACAAAAAAUAUCGAUGGGAAAAAGCACCAAAGAUCUCGAAGCUGCUCUGGUUCCUUUCAGUCAAUUCGCGGAUAAAAUGAAAGUGGUGGAACGGAAUUGGAGUUUUUUCCAGAAUGGAUUCGUCAAAGCAGAGAAGAAAUUAUCAAGCAUAGCUAAAAAAUUAAAUUUUGUAGAAAAUUACGACUACGAGAAAAUGGAUCCACAAUUUUUCAAGGACACUGAAACUUUCUUUACGGAUUGUUUCAAGAGAUUCAAGGGUCAUUCUUACGAUGCUGAUAUCACGUCCUUCAAGUCAGGCUACAGUACGCUGAAUUCGUUUAUAGAGUCUAUGGAAGCAAUUUCUGUUUUGUCAGUCGAAAUGACAGAUCUCAUAUUUACUUCUUCUGCAUUGUCUAUUUUUCUCGAUGAGUUUGAAGAGGUGGAGACGGACAAAAAGAGUUCUUCAGACCUAAGAGACGAGAUUAACGAAUUAACCAAUUGGGAUACAGCAGAACAAGUGUUUAAGAUGUUUCAGAGGUUGAAAAUGCUACAAGACACAUAUCUGAGGUUUCGCAAGGAGAGUAAUUCUGUGAAUAUCAGCAUUCAAAACAUUGGAAUUAGUUCUGGUAUUUAUGAAACUUCCUCAUGUCUUCGAAACUAUAAAUUCGAUGCAAAUAGAUUAAACAUAACAGUAGUGUACAUGGAGAAGAUUACGGAUCUUCUAGAAAAUGAUACAUAUCAUGUUCUCAAAAAUGUUUUGAGCGAAUUCGCAGAGUUGAGAAUUGCACUACUUGAUACGGAGAAAUUCGUAAAAGGGAUUGCUUCAAGACGACAACGAGAUGUUUCAAAACAAAAAAGUCCACUACUCAAAUUGAAAGAUUCUGUAAAACUAUCAAAUCAUCUGGGAAAUGGUAUGAGAAUUUUGAAGGAAAUGAUAGAAGCUUUGAAGUUACAAGACACCCUUCUGGACUCAACCAAUUAUGGAGAAACAGUGAACAGCGUUAUAAAAUCGAAAAAUCCGGCUCAACACGUUCAACAGUUCUGGGAAGGUUCUAGCUCGAAAAUUCGAAAAAUGAUAAAUGAUCUCAAAAUUUUGGAUUCAUCUGCAGCUAAAUAUCAGAAACAAGACCUGGUGGAAAUUGGGAAAAUAUUCGACAACGCUGCAAAGGUUCAAGGGAUUCCAGAAGUUUUCCCAUACAUCAGCGAGCAGUUGGAACAUAUGAAUACGGAUUAUCAAAUAGCUUUUCAAAAUUCCGAGAAAUUGAAACACUUGGAUCUGGAAUUCUCUUCUCAUAAAGGAGAGCUAAGUGCAGCUUUGUUGAGUUUGGACCCGAUUAAGGAGUUUUUCGAUGACCUGUUUGGUUUGAGUCCAAAAAAUUCAAUUGUCACGAUUAAUCAAUCAUCUUCUCCUACACUUAUCAUAAUAGUGUGCAUUUCAGUUCUUUUGGUUCUAGUAAUUGGAGCUCUGGUUGCGUAUGGAUUCACAUCGUCUGGUAGAAAAUCUUACAGAAGGCUCUACAUUUACUAUUUUGGAAAACAACAAGAUUACGAAAAACGAUGGAGAUACUCAUUAUUCCUGGAUAGAUCGGAUGGGAAAAAUGUGCUCAUUGACGCGGUUCGAGAGAUCAACUCGGUUAAUUUGCUCAACGCUGUCAAACGAGGGGCAUACGUUAAUGUUUGCAACAAGUUUGGAAACACUUCACUCCACGUAGCAACUAGAAGAGGUUACAGUGAUCUAGUGGAAAUUCUUAUAAAAAAUGGAGCUGACCGGACUUUCUUGAACGCCCAGAAUAAGACCCCAGAGCAAAUGAUUCCAGAAAACUAUCAGACAACGGAGCCUGAAAAAAUAUAUAGAUAUGUGAAGAUUGAACAAAUCUACAAUAAAUAUCGGAAUCGGAAGUUUAAACAAAGGGUACCAAUGGAACUUCCAACCAGCUCCUUCCACAUUUUCAUUGAUCUUCGUACAGAUGACAGGAUCACCAAUGAGUUUACCGCCUGUUUCCAAUCAAUUACUUCGGAUGAAGUGAUGCCUACUACCACUCAUUGCAUAAUCAAAACUGGAGAAAAUGAAAUGUUGGAGACAGACGACAUGAAUAUUCUGGCUUGGAUUUUCUCUGGAAUCAUAAUUGUAAAAGAUGCAUGGAUGACCGAAUGUAUUCGAGAUAAGAAAUUGAUUUCUAAAGAUUCGAACUUUUUGGUGGAAAAGGUGAAAUACAGUGGAACGGUUUAUGAUACAGUAAUCCAAUGGUCGAAUGCAAUGGCAAAAGGAACAAUUCCAUAUUUGUAUGGUGUUCAUGUGGUGAUUGUGAUGAAGGAAUGCCCAAACUUACUUACGCUGGCUUCGAUUGUGAUCAUUCAAGGAGGCGUUGUAUUGGACACGUUUCCGGAAAAAGGGAGCUAUAACAAAGGAUCUCAUCCAUACCAUCAUAAAAAUCAUGGUCCUAUUUUCAUUCUUCACGAUGGAAAUACUGACUUAUCAUUUUACAAAAACGAUCCGGACAAGAUGUUCUCCCUGUUUACCGAAAAAGAGUUUCUCAUGUUCAUGCUCAAGCGAGAAACUAACAUCGAUACUCGUUCAAAACUACUUCCUAUACUUGUCGAAGGAGAUGAUACGCUCGAAAGUCUUCAUGAGGUUCUACAUCGCCAACAUUUUUUCAUUGUUCUGGUGCCUACAGAAUGCAGGAACACAAAACUCAAAAGGUACAAUCUGAAACACAUCGUCACCGAAAAAAAUAUAAUUUUAGGUUCUAUAAAUCUCGAACUUAUUUACGAGGAUCUUGCAAUUCUGACUCGUAUUACAAAUGCGAUUUCUCUUACGUCGGCAGCUCUUCAAGAUACCAUCGACACGAUAAAUGUGACUAGCGAAUUGCUCAAGAUAAACGCUGGUAAUUUGACAGAAAUAAUGAGCUUGGACAUAGAUAAAGUCCUUCCUGAUUUGGAAAAAUUAAACACAGAAAGUAAAUCAGCUUUACAAAAUUUCCACGAGAAGGAUCUCGAAAAAUUCUUCCCAUUCAGUGCUAUGAUGACGUGGACAAUUUUCGCAUCGAUUCCAAAACUGAAAGAGAUGUCUGCAGAAAAGUUUCUAGAAGUAGCAAAAAAUCUAACGAGCCAUGGAAGGGCAUGUGAAAAUGAAGUAAUAAAUUCAACAGUUGGUUUCUCGAGAGCAAUGAACAAUCACCCGAUGGAAGAUUCGGAAAGAGAGAACAUGGUUAAAAACUUUAUUAAAGUAAUUCCUGAACUACAAGACUGUGCUACGAGCAUUAUAAAAUACCAUGAGAAACUUUUUGAAUACGAAAUCAAAAAAAAGAAUAUUGAAUCGAUUUGGGAUUCAAAAAAUAAUCUCGAGCUGUUUCGGAACAAUUCUCUAGCAAGUCCAACUGCAAUACCAGGAUAUAAUGUAGUCUACAAACUAUUCAAGUCAGUGGUGAAAACUUGGAGUGGGGAUAAAAUAAUGGGUUAUAGAAAAAUGAUAAAAAGAGUACAAGGAUUGGUCGAAUACAUGUCAAGUUCGAAAUCAAUUGAACAUCCUGUAUUUACAGCUGGUUUUGUGAAUAUGGCAGAUCUCUCAAAAGUUUCGGAAGACGUGGACAGUAAAUGGUUCAAAAACGCAAUAGCAAAAGGAAAACCGGUUGACAAGAUAAAGACAGCCUUGAAACCGUUCAAUGAGUUUGCUUCGAACAUGAAUGCGCUGGAAAGUGUAUGGAAGUCUUUUGAAGAAACCAUUCAAGAAAUUCUUAUUCCGAAAGUCAAUAUGAUAAAGUUUUCAAAGUUUUACCAUCCGCAAAAUACACCGAGUAACAACAUGAGCAAGUAUCUAGAAAUAGAAGAGACUUACAAAAAAUUGAAUCUAGUGAUUAAGUCAGUUACCGGAAUGGUAACAUGGGUUGAUGAGACUUUAAAGGAAACAAACCCCAAUGUAAAGCAAGUUCUGGAGCAGUUAAAAACUACAAAAAUGGAUUAUAAAAAUGAGAAAUACAUUCAUACCAUCAAAACUCUUCCGAACUACGAUUCUUUCAAGCAAUUCGUUGGAAGAUUUGAAAGUCUGCAAGUGUUGCAAGCUGCAAUGAUAACGAACGCAAUGAUGGUAAACAGUGGAAAUACCAAGCUAGACUACGGAGUAAAAGAUCUUGUUGAAGAGUGGGAUGUUGCCGGGAAACAAGAUUGUUUAAAAAACAAAAAAGAAUUGGAUGUACAGAUUUUGAUAACACUAACCACUGCUCUAGAGUAUGCGUUUAAGUUUGUCAAAGAAUCUAACUAUUCUACGAUUCAAAAUGUACUCCAAACUAUUCUUAAAGUGAGAAAUCAACUUCUGAGUUUGGCGAACUUUGUGGAACAGCUGGAGAAGAAAUAUGACUCAGUAGAAUCAGUGAAAACCGUUUUACAGCUGAGGAACUCUUCCUCGCUGGCACACAGUUUGGGUAGUGGAAUGCGUGUUAUUCAACAUAUGACUGAAGUUUUACGAUUAAGUGAUAAUUUAAAACGAGUGAUGGAGUACAAUGACACCACAACCAAAGUGAUAAUGGCAUCUGACCCACCGAUGGACGUUUUAAAGUUUUUCCAAAAUAGGAAUCCAAGUAUCAAUAUGUUAGUCAAGGAAAUUGAUUCCCUGGAAAAAUCAGCUGAAGAUCUUAAAGGAAAAGAUCUGUUAAGGAUGGGAUCUGUGUUCGAGACAGCUUUGAAAGUUCAAGGAAUUCCAAACGUUUUUGGGUUUGCUUAUAGUGAAUUGAAAAAAUCUGGAUAUGCAUCUGAAGCCAAUGAACUGAAAGAACUAAAGGAUUUGGAUCUGAAUUUUGCAUCUCACAAAGGAGAUUUAAAUGCUGCAUCGCUCAGUCUUUCGAACUUGAGAGACUUUUUUGAUGAGCUGUUUGAUUUGGAAGUGAAACCAACAGCAGGUGUCACACGAAUAAUUUCUGAUCCAUUUAAUACUAUCAUCGGUUGUGUAGUCGUUGUCAUUCUUCUUGGUAUCGGAUUCAUUUUAAUUUACGGUUUGACGAAAAAUGGAAAAGAGAGAUACAAGAAACUGUAUUUGUAUUAUUUUGGAAAACAGGAAGAUUUUGAGAAAAGAUGGAGAUAUUCUCUGUUCCUGGACAGAGUGGAUAUAACAAAGAAUGUCAUAUGUGAUGCAGUACGAGAAGUAAACUCUCAAAAUCUACUUGCAGCUGUCAAAUCGGGAGCCUAUAUCAAUGUUUAUAACAAGUUUGGAAAUACUGGCCUGCAUGUGGCAACUAAACGAGGUCACUAUCAACUGGUGGAUAUUCUCAUUCGACAUGGAGCUGAUCGCACACUUUUGAACGCUGAGAACAAGACUCCGGAGCAGAUGAUCAAAGUGAUGAAUACAACAAUCAAAAAUGAAGAAGAGAAAGAACAAGUGGAUAAGUACAAGAAAGUCGAAAUGAUCUAUAAUAAGUAUCGAAAGAAGAAAUUUGGAAAACGUGUACCGAAUACGUUUCCAACCACAUCUUUCCAUAUUUACAUUGACGAUCGGACCGAGGAGAAAGUCACCUAUAAGUUCAUGGUCAAAUUUGAAUCUAUUACAUCUCAUGAACCACUUCCAACUACUACUCAUUGUAUCGUGAAAACAGAUGAGAAUGGGAUUUUAGAGUCUGAUGAUUUCAAUCUGCUCUCUUGGAUUUUCAAUGGGGUGAUAAUAGUGAAAGAAUCCUGGAUGACUGAUUGUUUGCAAAAUCAGAAUCUGAUUUCUAAAGACAUUGACUAUUUGGUGAAUACGGUAAAAUACAAUGGUGUAGUCUACGAUAACGCUAUUCUCCCUUGGAGUUUAGCAAUGGCAAAAGGAACGAUGCCAUAUUUGUACGGUGUUCAAGUAGCAGUGGUUAUGAAGGACUAUCCUAAUUGUAAGAUAGAUUUAAAAUUGAAUAAUAAUUUUGCUUCUUUUCCAGUAUUCACUCUUGCUGCAGUGGUUUCCAAUCUUGGCGGCUUCAUGCUGAAUCAGUUUCCAGAGAAGGAUCAAUUCAACAAAGGUUCACACCCCUAUCUUCAUGAGAACCUGGGCCCAAUUUUUCUGCUUCAUGAUGGAACUAUUGAUCUGAGUAUCUAUAAGAAUGAUGUCGACAAGAUGUACACUUUAUUUACAGAAUCAGAGUUCAUUAGCUUCCUGCUGAAACGGAACAUUAACACGGAUCAGACCCCUAACCCAACUCCAGUUGUGAAAGAAAUUGAUUAA